AUGGGCCAAUCGGUGGCGAAAGAAGAGGAUUUCGCGUGGGCUUACACACAGGAGCCGCACGCGUCGAGGCGAAAAGAAAUUUUGGCGAAAUAUCCCGAAAUCAAAGAGCUGUUCGGUCAGGACCCGGCGUUUCGACCGGUGGUGAUCUCGAUGGUCAUCGCGCAAAUUGUGUUCGCCUAUUUGCUUCGAGAUUCUGAUUGGCUUUUAGUUUUCCUGCAGGCUUAUGUCGUUUCGGGAACAAUUAAUCAUUCGCUGACAUUAGCUGUACAUGAAAUUAGUCAUAAUCAAGCGUUUGGUACAAAUCGGCCGCUAGCGAAUCGCCUUUUCGGAUUCAUCGCCAAUCUUCCGAUGGGAAUUCCGAUGUCAAUUUCUUUCAAAAAAUAUCAUCUUGAGCAUCAUCGAAAUCUAGGCGAAGAUAUUAUCGAUACCGACGUGCCCACCGAAAUCGAGGCGAACAUUUUCAAGACGUGGCUCGGCAAACUCGUAUGGAUGUGCUUGCAGCCGGUGUUCUACGGAAUUCGGCCGUUUAUGAUCUAUCCGAAAGCGAUGACCGAUUUGGAGUUGAUCAAUAUCGUUUUGGAGUUGUCGUUCAAUUAUUUCAUCUACACCCAAUUCGGCCCAAAGUCGCUGGUGUAUCUUUUCGGCGGUCUUGUGCUCGGAAUGGGGCUUCAUCCAUGCGCGGGCCAUUUUGUUUCGGAGCACUAUGUGUUCAAGAAGGGCCAAGAAACGUACAGCUAUUAUGGUCCUAUUAAUAUGGUCGUGUUUAAUGUUGGCUAUCAUGUCGAGCACCACGAUUUUCCCUACAUCACCGGUGCAAAUUUGCCAAAGGUUCGCCAAAUCGCUCCGGAAUAUUAUAGAGAUUGGAGAACGCACGAUAGUUGGGUUUAUAUGAUGUUCGAUUUCAUUUUCAAUCCGGAAAUGACACUGAGAAAACGAAUCAAACGAAAGUAUGCGGCACCGGACCAGUUCACAUUCUAUGGCACCGGCGACUAUGAAACGAGUCACGUCUACCAAUCGCUGCAGAGAAUGCUCGGAAUUGUGACAGGAAUCGGCGAGCCGAAAUCGGUCAAAUGCCAAUAG